AUGCAGAUCAAGAACAUAUCCCUCCUCUCUCUUGCCGCCGUAGCUGCCAAGGGUGCCACUGUUGACAAGGACGCCAAUGGCCCCAUGGGUGUCAAUAGCUUCGACCUCAUGACCAUUGAGUGGGAAGUCCAUGCUCACCCCGGCGGCGAGAACCUCAUCCUGACCGGCACCGUCGAGGAGAUCCUCAAGGAGCUCCGCACCAUCAACCCCAACUACGACCAGGACUUUCGCAUCACCACCCUCUCCUCCCCCGAGUCCGUCGACGCCGCCAUCGAGUCCGCCGUCACCCAGGCCGACGAUACUUUCAAGGACGCUCCCGUCGACUGCGCCGGCUAUGACGACGCUGACCGCAAGCGCCUUGCUCAUGGUGCUGGCUACCUUCUCGACGUCAAGGGCAAGCCCAUCCGCGGCCCUGGCCCCGGUAGCUGUGGUCGUGUCAGCUGCAGCUGGAACUCUGCCAUCUACUGGUGCAACAUGGGUAGCAAGGAGAAGACUCUCAAUUCCUUCAGAGAGAUCUCCGAUGGUGCCUACUACGUCAUUGAGAAGUGCUAUCGUGGUGUUGGCACUCUCGUCAGCGGUCGCGCCUUCCACAAGGACAACUGGACUGUGAUCGGUCGCUGGGAUCGUUGCUAG